CACCGCACCCGUCUUCUACAACCGUCCACAUCACUUCACUACAUUGAAAUAGCUACACAUACUCCAAAGCGCAGUACAUCGUCUGAAGCCUCAAACUUUCAUAUUUGCAUCUCAGUAUUACUCGCCAUCUAAUACACUUGCCGCAGCACAUUUUAUUCAUAAAUCUGGCUGACCAAAGUCAUGGCGCGAAAUACCAACUCUACAAGAAGUGGAAGUUGUAGUAAUAAUGGUGGACAAGUCGACAACAUUUCUCGCCGCAGCACGAGCUCUUCUCGUGCCCAAGUGAGAGCCAGCUGCUAUAUCGUCGAUAAUGACAGUAUGGCCCUUGAGGGCUUCCAUUACACUACCGGGGCUGGCGGGGUCGGGUGGUAUUCCUGAGGUUCAUUCAGGAACGUCAUCUCCCGACCGAAGCCCCCCUCUUACCGCGACAGUUGUCAAUGUGAAGCAUUCUGGAUCGAAGAAUGUUUGCGCGAAAAGAGAGGGGGCUGCGUUCACCAUUGCGGAAGAGUGUGAGAGACUCUUCUGCGAGACACUCAAGACCAUUUUCCUCGGUGAUGGAGGUAUGGUCUCGCAGGACUCGCUUGCGAUGGGAACGCAUUCAGACAGCUGGUUCGAUCAAACGAAUAUAAUCUCUAAUCUAGCCGUGCAGCCUGUGCCCACGAACAUUUCUCCAUAUUCAGCGGCUUUAGCACCCGUAUAUGCUAGCAGCCGUCGAAGUUUGACGGAUUGGUUAGAGAUGUAUGACUAUGUGGGAGGUUCACGUUUUAGAGGCUGUAUCGUAGAGGGAGUCAAGGGAAGAAGCAUGUUUAUAUUCUUUGAAGCGAGUAUUCUUGACAGCGAUCUUAAGCCAGGUCUAAUGGCUCUACUGGAGCUCUGCAGUGUACCAGAGGCAGAGUGCUCAAAGCUAGUAGUAUGCGUAGAUCGUGGCUUUGAGUCUCAAUUUAGCCAACGACUUCUGCGUGACUUGGGUUGGGUAGGCUUCGAACCUAUUACUUUGGACGAAUGGUCUGGUAGUUCAGGAGUAACUAGUGAUCGAUGGAUGUUUUUGAGUAUGGAGGUUUGAGGAAACGAUGCAUUUUCACAGCGGAAUUUCUGCUUUUCAACAUUCAUUGGCCUUUUCUUGGAGCAGUCAGGAAAGACCACAGGAAAAAGGCAUUCGAGAGUGCUUUAUGUUGUGGUAGCAUAUUAUCCCUAAUAUUUGGUCAUGAUUAAGCUGAAGUUUAUCCUUCAAUUAUGCGCGAGGCAUAUUGCUUGCCAUAAGAUUUCGACGUGUUUGAAGUAACCACUGGGCUGUCAAGGAUGCGUAACCUUGUUUCCACUUCCAUUUCUUUAAAAGUUUGUUUAUUCUAACAAACUAUUUUUUAAUUAUUUAUACCCCAGAGUAAUAAUUCAUAUAUAUAAAUUAAAGUCAAC